AUGGGAAAUGAAAUGUUGCGCGACAUCUCAGGCGGGCAGAAGAAGCGCGUCACCACAGGCGUGUCCCUCGUGGGCCCCAAGCAAGUUCUCCUGAUGGACGAGAUCAGCACGGGGCUGGACUCGUCCGCCACCUUCCUCAUCACGCGCUGCCUGCGCCAUCUCACGCACCUCCACUCUGCCACCACGCUCGUCGCCCUCCUGCAGCCCGCCCCCGAGACCUACGAGCUCUUCAACGACGUGCUGCUGUUCUCCGAGGGCCACGUUGUGUUUCACGGGCCCAGGGAACACGUGGUGCCGUUUUUCAACCAGCUGGGCUUUGAGUGCCCAGAGAGGAAAGGCGAGGCGGAUUUCCUGCAAGAGGUGACGUCGAUGAAGGACCAGGGGCAGUACUGGAAGGGGGGGCGGGCAGCCAGCCUGCCCUACCCCAAGGAGAAAAGCCCUCCCGGCGCCCUUGCCCACAAGCGCAACGCCCUCCCAACAUCUGAAAUGUUUUGUGCAGUCUUCGAGCGCGAGUUUCUCCUCAUGAAGCGCAACACGUUCCUCUACGUCGCUCAGACCAUCCAAAUCAUCCUCAUCGCACUCGUCACCAUGACCAUCUUCUUCCGCACCACGCUUGACAUCUCCCUGCAAGACGGCAACUACUACCUCUGCGCCAUGUUCUUCGGGCUCAUCAUGAUGCUCUUCAACGGCUUCACCGAGCUCACGUUGCUUGUCCUGCGCCUGCCGAUCUUCUACCGCCAGAGAGACACGUUUGUAUACCCCUCGUGGGCGUGGGAGGUCCCUAUGGAGCUGCUCUCGCUGCCUUCUCCGCCUGGGCGUCCAUCAUCUGGACUGCCGUCACCUACUAUGUCAUUGGCUUUGCACCCAAACCGGGCAGGUGAGCGGAUGGAAGGGAAGGUGAGCGGAUGGAAGGGCAGGUUCUUCAUGCAGAUGUUUCUAUUCUUCCUCAUCCAUCAGGUCGCCAUGUCCCUCUUUCGUCUCAUAGGAGCGCUGGGGCGCAGCAUGGUGGUGGCCAACACCUUCGGCUCCUUUGCUCUCAUCCUCCUCUUUCUCCUUGGUGGCUUCGUUCUCGCUAAGGGUGAGUGGUGCGCUCGCUUCUAUAACGAGUACGUAGGCAACAUUCACAAUGUGUGGAUAUGGGCGUAUUGGAUCUCGCCCCUCAUGUACGGCCAGAACGCCCUCGCUGUCAACGAGUUCCUCGCCCCCCGCUGGAAUGUGUCGGCAGGUCCACUCUUCCCCCCAACGGCCACCAUGGGCCAGGUGCUGUGA